CGACUCGAACUGUAGAGAGGCAUACACUGAACUCUAGCUCGCUCGUUUGCCAGCCCAGUUACUCGAUCGACCUUAACCUUUAAUCCUCUAUUAUUAUUAUUAUUCUGAGGGUGAAAAGAGUCAUUUCGCCCACCUCUCCAUACUUUAAUGCUAUUAAAUAAAUUAAAUAAUUAGGCGCUCGAAACAGGGGCCUUGUUUUGGCCUCCUCAUGUUCCCUCCCUCUCUCUCAUUCUCUCUCCUCUCGUCGGUGGCGGUGACCGGAUCCCCACGCUAGCGAAUACGACGCGCGCCGUGCGCUUACUCUCACCGCGAAACAAUUAAAACCCAUGGGGCCCACUCGGCUGCAGCGGGAGCAGUACUACCCCCUUCCUUUUGUCCUCUUCCUCCCCCGGGCGCCACCCCCGGGGUCCCGUCACCGCACGUGUAUUUAAUCCACCCUCGUCCUCUCUAGCGUUUUAAGCCGCGAAAACGGGGGCGGAGAAGCAGCAGCAGCAGCCGUAGCCAUGGAGGUGGGCCUCUCCUUCUCCUCCCACCUCGUUCGCCUCCUCCUCGACGCCGACGACGCCACCGACUGGGCCGCGCCGCUCCCUUCGGCGCGGCCAUCGUCGUCCUCCCCGUUUCGCCCCAGCGUCGCGGUGAUCGUCGGGGUUUUGACGACGAUGUUCUCGCUCACGUUUCUCCUCCUCCUCUACGCGAAGCACUGCAAGCGAGGCGUCGGCGACGGGGCCCUCGGCGUCGGCGUCGGCGGCGGCGGCGGCGGACCGGGGUACGGCGGGUACCCGAGCUCCGGAGCUGCGGAGAGGCGCCACUCCGGGGUGGACCGCGCGGUGGUGGAGUCGCUCCCGGUUUUCCGGUUCGGCUCGCUGCGGGGCCAGAAGGAGGGCUUGGAGUGCGCGGUCUGCCUGAGCCGGUUCGAACCGGCCGAGGUGCUCCGCCUCCUCCCCAAGUGCCGCCACUGCUUCCACGUGGAGUGCGUCGACACGUGGCUCGACGCCCACUCCACGUGCCCGCUCUGCCGCGUCCGCGUCGACCCCGAGGACGUCGUCCUCCUCCCCGCCCCUCCGCCCGAGCCGGACCCGUAUCCCGGUCCGGACAAACCGGCCGAGGCGAAAUGCGAGGAGCUCCGGUCCGGUCGGUAGGGUCUCCGGCCCGCGCACUCGACCGGCUC